AUGCGCUUAUUAUUCCUUAUAUUGAGAAGCGGAACCAUUGACUUCGAUGAAUUUCUGAAGAUUUUUGCUGGUAAACUCUCCAUCGACCCGGAGAAAGAACUACACGAGGUGUUUCAGGUCUUUGAUGGGAAUAAGGAUGGAUUUAUCUCCCCGGAUGAACUCUUUAGUAUACUCUCUAAAUUGGGGGAACCCACAUCAAAGGAAGAAGCACAGGCAAUGAUUCGAGAGGCGGAUCUCAACGGAGACGGCCUGGUGGAUUAUAAAGAAUUCAAAGCAAUCCUGAAUUUCCGAUGAUAUAAAAUAACGUUUAUGUUAAAAUUUUUGUUGUAAACUUGUAACCAUGCAUAUCAUAAUUAACGUAUCACAGGAUUAUUUUCUGUUAUUAAUCAAGUCAUUCCUUGACAAUUCCUAUCUUUAUGUCAUGAAUCAUCAAAACGUCAUAUAUCUAUAAUUAACAAGGGAGGGGGGAUACUUAGCUCAUUUGGUUAUAUAUUUUUCAGGUUGGACAAAUAUGGUGAACAUUCUGAUAAUUUGUCUUGUAUAAUUCCGUUUCACAUGCAUGGACCUUUUUCAGUUGAAUCGAACUUAAAAACAAAUUUACUUUUACUAGUUACUUUCCAAUCUUAAAUUGGAAAUGAUAACAGAACGGAACUUUAAAUACUUAAAAUUAUAUUUUUAAUUUUGGAAAUAAGAAAAAAACGAAAACAUUUUUUUCCCUACAUGACACAUGCUUUUUACUAAUUUUAUACACAUAUAUCUAUCACAUGCAUGACAUCUAAGUGAUAUAUGGACUUGAAAAGGACUGUGUAUAUUAAAUUGUCAUAAAAAUGAAAUAAUCGGUAUAUCUCGCAAUAAGUUCUAGUAGGCCAGGCUUUCCAUUUUUCUACAAAAAUGUUGACCUUUUACAAGGUUUUUUUUUUUUUUAAUAAAGGGGGGGGGGAUUAAAAAAGCAAUGUUUCAAUUUUUAAAUGCUUGCUGAGGAAUACAGAUUGGGGCAGUAGUUUGCCGACGGGAUUUUUUUUUUGUUUGAAAUACAUGAAUAUAUCUUGCAUCUUCUGUAUUAUUAUUAAUCAGAUUAUAUUAUAAUAUAUUCUGUGCAAUCAUCUAUAUUUUCAAUAUUACCAAUAAAGAUUUUACAGUGAU